GAUGAAUUACACAGGAUGAUACAGCAGAAGAAGAUUUGAUGUUCCACAGAAGUCAGAUUUGCAAUGAGUUUUGAGUGGCCCUGGCAAUAUAAUUUCCCCCCGUUUUUCACGCUACAGCCCAAUGUUGACACGCGACAAAAACAGCUGGCGGCCUGGUGCUCGCUCGCGCUGUCCUACUGCAGAUUCCGGAAGCUGUACACACUGGACGUACUCGAGGCACAGGAGAGCCCGCUUUUCAACAACAAGAAGAUAGAGAGAAAGCUGUCAGUGGAGGCCAUCCAAGUUGUCUUUGAAGAACUGAGAAAAAAAGGGAAUCUUGAGUGGCUGGACAAGAGUAAGAGCCGCUGCCUGAUCAUGUGGAGAAGACCAGAGGAGUGGGGCAACCUCAUCUACCAAUGGGUGUCUAAGAACGGCAUGGUCAAUUCAGUGUUCACGUUGUACGAGCUCGCCAAUGGGGAUGACACAGAAAGUGAAGAGUUCCAUGGGCUGGAGGAGGGCAUGCUGCUACGUUCUCUUCAGGCGCUGCAGACGGACGGCAAGGCGGAGCUCUUCACCAUGGACGACAGCAAGGGCGUCAAGUUCUUCUGAGGCGCUCGACCCGCCCACACGCCCGUCCGCCCAGCCAGCAGGCUGCAAACCUGGGGUGUGUUUCUCGAAAGUGUAGUUGUUAGCCAGUUUGCAACUUGGGUAGCUGCCAAUGGGAAAUUGCAUUGCAGACAACAAAGUAGCUAAUGUCGUUAGCAACUAUGGUUUUGAGAAAUGCACCCCUGCAUAGUCUUUUUUCAGAAAGCGUGAGCGAACAGCAGCGUUCAUAUUUAGUAGUAAAGCCGCACUCUCGGGUGUGAUUCUUGUAUUUUAUUCUAGUAGUUGGUUAGCAUGACAGACAGACGUUUCGGCGUUCUGCGUCAGACACUGAAGAAGGCUUAGGCUGAAACGUCUGUCUGUCAUGCUAACCCACUACAAGAAUAAUAUAAAAGAAUCGCACCCGAGAGUGCGGCUUUUCUACUAAACAUGUAGAUCUGCAUAUACCUACCAUAGCUCUACAUGGGGGUCGGGGGUGAAAGGUCACGGAUGGGUCAUUAGGUUGGGGUCUAUGGUAGUAGAAGGUGCAAACUAAACGGGGAAUUAAAGGAACACUAUGCAACCGUUCCAAGGUUUAGAAAUCAUCCUCGCAAUGUUGUUAGAGGGAUGUAUGACUCUACCUUACAUGCUGUGUCAAAAGCCACACUUGGCCAUUCGGCUCUUGCCAAGUCAAGUCAUCAUCGCCUAUGGAGUUGACGCGUGAAUAUUUAACUCAGGCCUGUUAGCGAGAGCCUCUAACCUAAUGUUCCAUAGUGUUGCUAUUAGCAGACAGGUGACGGGAUUUAGAAAAUAAACGUUAAACUUCAUAAUAAGGAGGGUCUUAAAGAGCCAAUGGCACAUGGGACCUGUGACAUUUGCGUAUACGUUUUUUUGUUUGUUUGUUUGUUUGUUUUUUGUUUUGAUGGUUGCCUAGAGGCAUAACCAACACUCCUCUGUAUCAUCCCCAAACAAAGACGGAAAGUUUGGCUUGUGUUGAAACCCCCCCGACCCCUCGAAACUCCAAAAACGUCUCGCAUUUUAAAUUAUGUGAUUAUUGUAAGGAAAUAAAUUGGUGGAUUUUUUUUUUAACUCCCCAAGGGAAUAUAAAAGAAAGUUGGAAAAUGGCUUUGUGGGGCUGUUGAGGAAACUUGCAUGCUGUACACAUGUGUAACUAACACCCAGGAAGUGAUCAAGUCGAAAAGUAGGAAAUGAUGUCAUAGUCCUAACCCAGGAAGUCAAAUAUUAUCAAUAAUGCGGUAGUGGAGAAAACAUCUUCAGCUGAUAUGUACUCCACUGGUGACGUUAGAAGAGAGCUGUUUCUCUGUUUGUUGCUGUUUACUCUCUUGAUAAAGAGAAAAGUGAAACCUCCUACCCUCUAGCAAUGAGUAAUACCUCCUCAGCCUCAAAAACUCCAUGGGGGUCUAACUCAAUAUCUAACCACCCAUCCUCUUCAGGUGCCUGUGAUCUCGUGUUUCAUAAAUGAGAAAAUAACCUUUUGCGUUCUUGACUCGCAGUAUGAAACCACAAGCGAAAGGAGAUGGGAUGGAUGGUUGGAUAUGAAGCCUUUCGUUGCAAAACGAUGCAUUUUUAACUUUAACUAAAAAUUAUUGGAAAUGACUGUUCAGAAAUCCGAUCAUCUGUGUGUUAGUUCUUGACAUUCAAACAUUUUGAGAACAUACUUAAAUUUCAAACCAUAUAAAAUGCAUUUUUAUGCCCAAAACAAAAAUUUAAAUUUCCCAGAAUGUUCCAAAAUGGAUAUACGUCAUUUUUGCAACAAAGCUUUUCCUAUUGAGUUGGACUCCAUCUUAUACUCCUGUAUUAUAAUCUGGUGCCUGUGUACCUAUCUAGUUCUGAACUAGAGGAGAAGUGUUGCCCUCUCUACAGCUCCCAACGGCAACAUUUACAGUCGAAUGCAGUGAUGGGAUGGGAUACAUACAGUACAGUGAAUUACAGCAGAGGAAAGACACAUCUCUUUGAGGACACUCGGAACACACACACACACACACUCACACACACACACACGUGUACAUGUUACUAUCUUUCUACAUCCUCUGUCUCUCUCUCUCUUUUUCUUCUCUUGCUCUCUCUCUCUCUCUCUUUCUCUCUCUCUUCAUGUUUUCUUCUUAUUCUGUUUCUCUGUCUUCCCGCUCUGAGACAAACACACUGACAUACAUACAAAGUCAGCUAUAAAAACCUCCUGGUAGCAUCAUGUACCUCUGUGCAAAUCUAUCUCUGCUCCUUUUUUUACCCGUGAAAUACUGUACAAAUAAAAGAGACCCGAUCUCUGGUCAUCUUUGUAAAAUCAAAGCUGCUGUUUGUCAUU